GCUGAUGACGUAUGGCGCUUCUCUGUCAGAACUCUGUCGACGCGGCGGCGGCGCAUCUUGCAUGUCGUAGCGGACUCGUGGGAGCCGGGCGGCGGUACGUGGCCGAAUGCAUCUCUCUCUCCCCCUGUUGCUGACUGGAACCGACCGGUUGAACCUGCACACAGGCCACUUCGAGCGGCGCAUCUCGUUCGGGUACGACGCCGACCUCGCGCGCGUCCGUGCGGAAUUUGACGGCGAACACCUGCGCAUCAUCGUCCCGCGGCGACCGGCGCUCAUGACGUAUUGGAGCAGCGGCAGCAGCAGCGCCUGAACGUCACACGCAACUCAAAUUGGAUUUGGGCCCGUCGCCUCUUUUUUUUCUUUGUUUGUUUCUCUUUGCGUUCUGGCGGACCACUACUACCCCCGUCAUCCACCCCCGUCUUGGUGGCAAGCACAACCGGCUGUCUCGGAUAAGCACGUCUCCACGCGCACCCGGGAACGUGAGUGGCCGCUGCUAAAAACGCUCUCAGGAGGCGCGCGAGGGGCGGCGCAGUUUGCCGCAUUGCUCUUUCCUGCUCCCCCUUCGUCAUCGUGUCCUGACCAAACGCUUUCCCUCUGUACAACCAUCGCUUAUGACAUGCAGCAUAGGAUCCUACAUCACCUCAGCUAGCCAAGUUUUCCGCCGUAAUAACACCCUGACAACGUCGUCUACCCUCUCACCCCCCUGCAGAUACAAGACGUCGGGACUCUUCGUACUACAUCAUCGCCGAUCGCCAUUUACUUAUCGUCUCGCAUAUUUAAACAUAUCGUCCCCGGGCCUGUCUGUAUAUAAUUCCGGCAGCUUCGGAUUCUCCGCUUCCCCCAGUCCCUCCCCUACACACCUCGUCGAACCGUACGAUAAUGUAAUCUGGUUCAAUCGCUCGCAUCUAUCCCUAUCGGACACUCGUAGCUGCGCUACUCUGCUCCCCGCGUUACAGCAAGCGUGUGACGUUGGACGGACCAAGGUUCCUGUGCAUCGGCCGGAGCUGUGUGGACCAAGCACACGUGGCGCAUCCGCGAGGUCCGUGUAUGAAGACUCUUCCACCGCAGCGCCUCUCCCUUUUCGGGGCGCUGCGCUGCGCACUGCUUCAUCGUAUCUGACGGGACGAGAUCCCUAUUCCUGUGUGUGCGCCAGCAUACCUCCGCCCUCGCGGAACAGCACGCUGCAUUUCCGCCAACCUUUCGCACUCCCCCGCGUUUUCGCAUCGCCGCAUCCCACGCGAGAGCAUUCAACCGGCCCUCCCGAUGAUAGCGAUAACUUUUCGUUACGCCCCUGCGCGGGUAUUUUCCAAGACGGACGUUGUACAAGCAUAUACCAAGUAAUUAGUCUUGCCUAUACCCCCUGGGUUCCUGGGUUCUCUACACGUCUUCCCUGGUCUUCCUUUUUUUCAUGCUUCGUGCUUCCUGUUAAAGAGUCCCGAGUUACAUGAUUGCUCGCUACAUAUGGUCCCCUCUGGUCUUUCCCGUUGUCUCAACCGUAUCCUGCCCGCUGAGAUGCUCUGUAUGUAUUUGCCCCCUCACGAUGUCAUGACCGCUGCUGUCUCGCCCCACACGCCCCCGUCCCUUUGCUGCCCGAAAAUCCAUGUCCGAGUCCGCUGUUCUCCCGCUUUUUUUCUGUCGUAGCUGCUGGAUUGCUCGCCCCGGCAUGUUGUUCCACCAUUUUUCUUUAGCUUUUAGCUUUAAACUUUUUGCGAUUGGGAGCCCGCAGGCCUCGUUGUUCUCUCUCUUCCUGGGUGCGGCACAUACACGCUCGUAUGCGACGUUAUACCCGUUCUUUCGGCUAAACUCGUCAUACAUGAUGCUGCUCUCUGUACAGGCGUCGAUUUUAGAAUGAGUUGUCGAUGUGCGCUUUCAUUCGUGAGAGGUUCGCGCUCAUUGGGCGUGGGUAGCUAAUCGGAGGUACGCUGGCUGAGUGCACGAGCUCCGCGUGUGCUCGAUCGUCGGGUCAACUUU